UUAUAACAGAAGUGAAGUAUCUUUGCAAGUCUCCCUCCAGAUUGCAGGGGCAAAGGGGGCUCAUUGCCUAGUGUCUGCUAGCAGGGCACAUGAAUCACUAAAAUGGCAAAUGAGCUGAAAAAUUUGGAACCCAAUCUUCAGCAGCUAGAUACCAAGAGAACAUCAGCUCCAAAGAAGAUGGAGAUGUCAAAGAGCCCAGUCGUUGCCCCAUUCAAAGGAAUAGAUAUCACAGGAGUCUCAGGGAAACUUGAACACAUGGCUCUGAACACACCACUAAGGUUUAGUGUGGAGGCCCUGAGACCUCAGUCAAAGAGCACCUCUCGCUUUGGCAGCUUUAGCCACCAUUCCUUCUUUUCACGACACAAUCCCCACCCUCAUCGGGUGACUCACAUCCAAGGUUUGAAUGGUGUUCCUAUCUGCAUGGUUAAUGAUGGGUGGUCCAGACUGACCCCUCUGCCAUCUCAUCCAAUGAUAAAAGGCCAGCUUUCUACGACCAUACUGGGAGCUCCUGGGAUCCAGCUGCCAAUUGGAGAUCCACAUAGUAAUCUGGUCCCCAGACUAGGUUCAUUGUCAGAAGCAUGGCGAGAAGAACUGAAGGAACUUGCUGCCAGAGUUAGUGCCGCCUCAUGCAAAGAAAUGGAGAAAAAAGAAGUGAUAAGUAAGACAGAGGAACUUCGGAGAGCUACACAGUACUCAGCAGAAACUGGGCGCCUCAUCCCACCUCCCUCUCGGGCAAACACCCGCCAUUCCUUCCACCAAAUGCACGGCAACAAUGCCAAGAAUAAAGGCAAGGAGGCUGUCCUAUCUUUCCAGGAUCAAGAACUGGUUAUUUUAGAGCUGCUGUGUCAGAUCCUGCAGACAGACUCGUUGAUGGCUAUUCAGGAAUGGCUGCUCACAGCUGGCCAGAGAGAAAAGGAUCUUGUUAUGGGGAUGUUACAGACUGCAACUGCCAGCCUACAACUUGAACCCCAGUCCCUGACAACAAACACAGAGGAGAGGCCACAGACACAAAUUUCCCAGAUCACAGCAGGUCUGCCCUCCAGAGGGCAUCACUUAGGAAGGAGCUCUUCAACCAGAUUUUCUCACAAAAAGAAACAAGAACCUAUUCCAGAAGAAGAGAAACCAGUGCACAUUGGAACUGCAGAAGUUCUCCAGUUUCAUUCUUCCCAGCAGAAUCAGCCAGACCCAACCAGCUAACAUGAUCUUCCAUUGUUCCUGCUGAAAAAGCUACAAGUAGUGCUACUGCAUUUCCAGCUGUAAUAGUUUACUCUCAGUAAUCAAGUAGUGAAAAGAGUUAUGUAGAGCACAAGAAAGCAUAUAAUAUUCAAUAUCACCGCAUCUCCCCCCUUGCUUUGACAUCUUCUACUGAGAUCUAAUCGGUUUAAUGAUUGUGCCAUAUAUAUUCAUUCAUACCAUAAACUGUGAAAUUCUAAACUUAGCUACAUAUAUUUAAAAUACUGCUGCUGCUAAACUCCAGUUGGAUAUUUGGCCCAACGUGAUACAAGGAAUCACAGAAAGGAAACAGCUGGGAUUUUACAUCUCUUCUGAGAUGUGGGAGAUGAGUUUUGAUACUGCAUUUCCUGAGGGUGUCGACUAUCUCAGGAGACAAUGCUGAGCUGUCCUCUCAACAGGCUCAAUCCUGUCAAUGCUUAUGUAAAACUAUCAGAAGUGACAGGGACCUUCUCAGCCAAAAAAUUGUCAAUAUACUAGGGAAUCUCAACUCUUUGUCUCCUUUUUAUUGAACACAGCUCCUAGCCUUGUUACCUCCCUACUGUAUUACUAAGGUAGGGAUUUGGAUGAAAAGGAACUGGUUGCCAUUAAAGUAGGAGGGGAGUGAUGCUUGUUUGUUGAGGCAUUUGGAAGACUAGAUGGAUACAUCAUUCAUGAGGCACAUGCCUUCAUGAGGCUAACAAAACAGCUCACAGCUCCUUGAGCUUUUUAGCUCCAUCCUUAAUUUUGGCUUUUCAGGUAGCAGUGGUAGCUAGAGAUGUUUAACUUUUCCUCUAAUGCAAACCUGUUAAUAACCAUUCAGGUCUUUGUCUCUUACAAGCUAGGUUACUGCAGUGUGCAGAUUUCUGUAGUUAUGAUAUAAUACAUACCAGGAACUUAUAUAAAGAAUGUAAGAUCCAUAGUAUCUCAUUAGGAAUAAGGGUGUAUAACAUGCAUAGCAUCUCUGCAUAGUUAGCCAUGUCAUUUUCCCUAUUUCUCCCACUCCAUGGCAAGUUUAAGGUUCCUGGAAGAAUCAAGAGUGACGAAGAACAGUGCAGUGCUAAGGCUACUACAGUCGGAGCAAAAGCUGAAGAAGUGAGAGGGUCUGAAAUACAAUAUUUCCCUGAAAGAGCUAUUUUAUGUGGUCCUAGAGAUUUCAAAUUGCUGAAAACUUUUGAAUUAGAUUCUAUGGAAUAUGGUGGCCCUUGUUACAGAGUUUAACCAGUGGAUCACAGAACCUAACAGGUCAGGAAGCUGAGACUGGUAGUGAGAGUACUAAAUAGUAUUCUUGCUCACUAACGAGUUAAAUUGCAUUGCAUAGGCCUAUAUACUUUCAAUGCAAUUCUUAGCUAUUUCUUAAUAAAA